CUCACGUAUCAACAUGGCGACAUGCAGGAAGAUGGGGCGAAACAGGGGGGAUAUUUGUGUUAUUUUUCUGCUUAUUUUCGUCCAACUGUUUGUCAGCGGCUGCCUGUCAGCUCCAGUCGCUCCUUCAGAAGUAGGAACCACUUCUCAGAAUUCUUCUGUGGUGAACAAGGGAGCAAAUGACACAGGGCCUUCACCCCCUGAACAGAAUGCAACAACUUUUAAUGUUCCCAAGGACCCUGCAACAACGGUCGGCAGUGACACCACAAAAACAGGAACAGAGGCUCCUGAAAACAACACCAUGACAACCACUGAAACAAAAACGUCUAAGGAGAAAGAGCAUCAAGUCAUUGCUACCUCUCCUGGUAAAGUGCAACAAGGAAAUGUCAGCAAUGGGGAUGGGAAAACAGAUGACUAUGAGAGUGUCCAGCCAACAGAUGAACCUGCUGUUUCUGAAGCCACUCCAGCCUCUACUCCAGAAGUUACCACCAUCUCUGUUAAAGCCCCAGCCAAACCUGUAACAGAAGAACCACCUAUCUCAGUGUCUAAACCCUUCAGGGAACCGGACACAGACCCAGACCUGCAGCAGACCACCGACAAGGGAUCAAUGACUGGUUACCCAGAUGAGGACAACAAUGACGAUGAUACCUACAGGGACAGCGAGGACACUGAAAGCUUUGGAAACAUUAACAGCGAAUUUGAAGACGACGAGGAUGACGAAGACGAUGAUGGCAAGGAGCAGACCUUGAACAGGCCCCAGCAAUCAGACAGGAUCGAGGUGACCCGUUACAAGGGAGCAGACAGCUACAACACAGAGGAUGAGGACUCCCACUUCUUCUUUCAUCUGGUCAUCCUCGCUUUCCUGGUGGCCAUCAUCUACAUCACAUACCACAACAAGAGGAAGAUCUUCCUCCUGGCUCAGAGUCGGCGCUGGAAGGACAGUCUGUGUUCCCGCAACAGCGUGGAGUAUCACCGCCUGGACCAGAACGUCAACGAAGCCAUGCCGUCCCUCAAGAUGACUCGAGAUUACAUUUUCUGAUCCGUGCUCAGGAGAGAGGAAAUAUGUCCAGACCUGGACAGAGCCAGUUGGCCUUCCCUCCUGGCCAGUUGCAUUUUCAAGAUGCCGUGCUUUGUCGUGGAGCGUGAUUGAUGCUUUCUCUUGCUUUUCAGGCCAGUUGGAGGGCAGCGGUUUUGUCUUUUGGAUAAAAUUAUGAUCAAGAUUUUUUUCGUUGUCUGCAUAGAGAGAUUUUUACUGUUCAUCUGUAAUUCUUAUUUGUUAUAUUUUAAUGUUAUUUUGCAUUUGUUUUUCUAAAUUAAUAACUUCUUGGGAUUUAAUAUUUUGGUUUAUUAGGGGUCUCAUAUUUAUCUUUAUUUCUGAGAUUGCUUCAGCCUUAUGGUCCCUCUACACCUACUUUUGUUUUCCUUCUUUCAUACUGUCUUAAUAUAGUACAAUACUCUGCUUAAUUAAACAGUUGAUUAUUUUCCCCAAGAUUAUUAAUAUGUUUCUCUCUCAGCAGUUAGCCAAGAUAUGAAAUGACACACAAAAAACUUUGUUUUCAAAGAACUUGUUGUGUCAUGCAUACUUUUGUAAUGUAAAGGUGUAAGUAUGCAAACAAAGCAGCAAUCUAGUAGAAGGAGAUACACAGAUAUAUAUGCAGUCAUUCCAAAAACAGUUCGUCAUUCAUCUUAAAAUGGUCUCUGUUUUUCGUAGAUAUACUAUAAGUAAAGUACUGUACGAUAUAAAAAAGAAACACGGGUAAAAAUUGACUUAAAAAUAUAAAACUGAAAUAUUCCUUAGUGUUUCAUAUAAGAUUAAUCAGAUGACCAUUUUUUAACAUCACCUAUAAUUUCUGUUACGCCUUCACAGAAAAUGCAUAAUAGCCUUUUCAUUUUGAUUUCACAUUAUGUAAGGGAUGUAAAAUCUCUAUGUUAUAUUGGGAGAUUAAGAUGCACGUUAACCAUUAAGUCAAGGAAGGUGACUACUCUUCAGGCGAGGGGUAUUUUCAUGUGCUUAAGCCAUUUAAAUAAAGACAGGUCCUUUAUAUUGUUCAGGUUAGAAUGUACUUUUUAUUGCGAGGCUUUUUUCCCUCUUCAUCAGUUUAAAUUUAACUUGUCUUACGCAUUACCUCUUCUUCUCCUGCCCAGACUUUGCUAUGCAGAAAUUCUGGGCCUGGCCCUCUUUGUUUUAUGACUUCGGUGAAGUCUCUAUCAAUCAUUUAUGAUCGUCACUUUUGCAGAAAGUGAUGGCUGUGUUCCUUCCUGCUCAAUUUUAGUUGCUUCCUAUCAAAGUACAAAGUUGGUGGACUGUUGUCUGUUGAUCAGAAAUUUUGCACGCUCUAUGUGGCCUGAUGUUCUCUUGAGCACCCAAAAAAAAAAACAUAACAUUUUUUUGGGCACUGACUCUUUCCUGUUCAUCACAGUCACUUUUUUUUUCAGCCUGUUGCUGUCUCAUGCCUUCAGUUGAAUUUCCGUCACUGCCACAUGAAUCCUUGUUUUUGUUAUCAAUUUCUUGUCGCCUUCUGCCAGUUGUUUUCAUCUUGUCCGUAUAUAACAUACACAGUGGUGUAGAUAGAUAACGCGAUUUGCACUGUGCCAUUAAGUCAAACUAACUAGAAGGGUGAGAGAUGUCUUGUGUAGAGGUGAUGGAUCAAUACUGCUCUUGCAAUCAACAGUAGACACUGUACAAUCUCUUUUUUUUUGUCAGUAAAGCACAAAUUGUG